UUCAUGCGACAUUGUUUGCUGUGUGAACUACAAAAUGUCGCUUCACUGCUUGACUGUAGGCAGGUUUUGGGUGACAAAUCGGAAGCAGCAGGGUCUCCUGCCGCUCACUUUCACGACCCGAGAGACUAAGACAGAAUUCUCUCUAACGAUCUCAACCUUCGACCUGAGAUCACUUGCUCCUGGCAAGCCGCUGACUGCAGUGGUCAAGCAAACAAUGGCGGACAGGAGUCCAUCUCUCAGAAACAAACCUUCAGUGAGACACUAAUAGAGUGGUUCAAGGCUGGCUCAGCCCUCGAUAGGACGAAGGACCUUCACUGAUGAUGAGGAAGGCAGCAGAGCUAGAACAUGAGCUCAGAAAUUGAUCAAUCUACAGAGCUGUAGCAGAGCACACAUUUUUAACGUCGCUGUACAGAUAAAAAGCGCACACAGACUUGAGCACUUCAAUUGAAAGACAAGGUUGUGGUGUAAGGUCUCACAGUUCACAUGCACAAACAUCUGUUAAUGUCAUUUUCUGGACUGAAUGUAGUGUUUUACUGCUGCUGGGACACACACACGUCACCGCUGUUAAUCUUUAAAAAAAUGACAAUAGAUUUUUCUCAACUUAACUAGACUGAUGACUAACAGACAAAAAUUAGUCAAAUAAAUAAAUAAAACUGUGAAUCUUUUAGUUUUCUUUUUUUUGUUCUAUAAAAAAAAUGUUUAACCUGAGUUAAUUCUCUCUUAUGAGUCAUUCUCAGUUGUGUAGAUUUUAGGUCUUUGUCUGAUUCCUUUCCUCCUGAAAGCAGACUUUUUAAACAAAUGCAUUAGGCUCUAGGUUUUACCAGGUAAUUGUUUCUAGCAGAUCUCAAAGAAGUGCUGGCCUUUUAGAGAAAGCCUGGUAAGGUGGAUGUGUAGUUAGUGUUUCACAUGCAGCAGACAGCAAGAGUGCUGUGGAGUCCAGGAGGAUUUCUGAUGUGCGAAAUAAGAAGGGAGAGCCUCAGGUUCACCACAGAUGACUUUCUUUGGAUUUAACCAAUGAUAUAUUGUACAUUUUCAUUUAAUUAUUUUAGACUAUUUCUCCACAUGAGUCAAAAAGGAAGAUGCAGGUUUUAUCCUUUUAAAAGUACCAGAAAAUGCUGAUUUGACAGUUGAUUGGCAGCUGGAUAAAUGUAGAGGCAUCGUGUGUUCAAGAAAACAGCAAUACAGAUGUUUGUUACUGUCACAUAUUGAAGAAAAAACAGCAAAUGUUAAAGUAUGAGUACCUGUAAAUUGAAAAACUGAAACUAGCUCUUUUUUUUUUUCUUAAAGCCUUAUUUUCUACCCCAGCUCCAUUGUCUUGGAUCAGUGUGAGCGCUCCGGUUUUCUCUCAGAGCUUGACAUCUUCAACUCUGGUCACUCACUGCAGGCAUUCACAUGAUCACAGUUGAGUUGUGGGAAUCGUUACUGCAUGAUUUAUGGGCAGGAGCCGCAUGAUGUGGUGGUGGGGGGGGGCAGCCUUGUAUUAAUGAAAAUUAAUAUAAGAAAUCCUGUGUACUGCAAGAAAAAUGCAUC